GAGAGAGAAACUCUGCUAAAUCCAUGUUUGCGUUACUUUCUCUCUCCUCCACUCUGGCAUUUCUUUAACGCGUUCACGCGUAUACUUGUCGCUUCCAAGGGAAUCGCCACUAUAUAUAACAACCCUCCCCUUUCCUCCAAAACCAGGUGCAGGAAAUUUUCACAUCUCCAUUUUCAAUUUCCUUUACCUGCAUCUGUUUUUCAAAUUUCAUAUAUUUCAUAUUAUUCCAUUUUCUUCUUGAAAUCAAUCAAAAUAUUAUAUCAAAACCAUUAUUAUUAAUCUGGGAAAGAAGAAAAUGCCGUCAUCGUUAGAGGAUGAACUCUUUCCAUCAACCCCCGGAAAGUUCAAGAUCGAGAGAAGCCACGGCCUAAUGAACCGUCAGGUGUACCGUUGUUUCGCUUCCACCAGCACUAUGUUCCUGUGGGCCCUAUUUCUCAUCGCUCUAACCGCUUCUUAUCUAAGCUUCCAAAGCUUCGUCGAUUCCGGUAGCCGCUAUAUCUCCGCCUCUUGGGGCGGAAUCCAGUGGGAGAAACAAGUGCGAACCUCCGCUCAAGUCCACCGGCAAGGAGGCAUGUCGGUGCUCGUCACCGGCGCAGCAGGUUUCGUCGGUUCGCACGUAUCCCUGGCGUUAAAAAGAAGAGGAGACGGCGUCAUUGGACUCGAUAACUUCAACGACUACUACGAUCCGUCGCUUAAGAAAGCUCGUAAAGCUCUUUUAACGAGCCACGGCGUUUUCAUUGUAGAAGGUGAUAUCAACGACGCGAAGCUAUUAGCCAAGCUUUUCGAUGUGGUGGCUUUCACUCAUGUGAUGCAUCUCGCGGCUCAAGCCGGUGUUCGUUACGCUAUGGAGAAUCCUCACUCGUAUGUUCACAGCAAUAUAGCCGGACUCGUCACGCUUCUCGAGGCUUGUAAAUCGGCUAACCCUCAGCCGUCGGUAGUUUGGGCUUCGUCAAGCUCGGUUUACGGUUUAAACGAGAAAUCUCCGUUCUCGGAAUCAGAUCGGACCGAUCAACCGGCGAGCCUCUACGCCGCAACAAAAAAAGCCGGUGAGGAAAUUACACACACCUACAACCACAUCUACGGUCUCUCCAUCACCGGAUUACGUUUCUUCACCGUCUACGGUCCUUGGGGAAGACCUGACAUGGCGUAUUUCUCAUUCACCAGAAACAUUCUCCAGGGAAAACCUAUAACUGUUUACCGCGGCAAGAAUCACGUCGAUCUGGCUCGUGAUUUUACAUACAUUGACGAUAUCGUGAAAGGUUGCAUCGGAUCCUUGGAUACUUCCGGGAAGAGCACCGGAUCCGGUGGGAAGAAACGUGGACCUGCACCUUACCGGAUAUUCAACCUCGGAAAUACUUCUCCGGUGACGGUUCCUACGUUGGUGAGUAUUUUGGAACGGCAUUUGAAGGUGAAGGCGAAGAGGAAUAUUCUGGAUAUGCCUGGAAACGGCGACGUUCCGUUUACGCAUGCGAAUAUCAGUUCAGCCCGAAGAGAACUCGGGUAUAAACCCACAACCGAUUUACAAACCGGGUUGAAAAAGUUCGUGAAAUGGUAUCUUUCGUAUUACGGUUAUGGCAAACCUGUAAAUUAAUUUUAAAUAUCUUUUUAGUUUGUUAGAAUUUUUAAUUAAGGUGGAUGUAAAAAUACUAUACGGGAAAAAGAAAGGAAAGAAUCCCGGGUCAAGAAGAAAAGGGAGAGAAAGGAAAGAAGAGGAAAGAAAGAAGAAAGAAUCCAAUUCUUUAUUCUUUGCUUCUUAUGAGGUUACAGCUAAAUCAUCAUACAGCUGUUUUCAUUAGAUAAUUUCUUUUCUUUUUUUUUUUGUUUGUGUUAUUUAUUAUUUUUACUAAUCUUUUUCUCAUGUGUAAAGAAAGUUGAAGUUGAUUUUGUCUCAUUUAAUGAUAUUUAUUUUU